AUGAGUAACAUUGAAGCAAAUGGUGCUAAAUGUUUAGAUCCAACGGUUAUGAUCCAUAGUAGUAUAAAUGAGCAGACUGCUUGUUUAUACAACAACAAAAAACGAACGGUUCAACAUCCAAGUGAAGGUGAGUCAUCAAGUCAUACACCGAAACGUAAUCGAAUGGAAAUUACUGAUCCAGAUGUCACAACGGAUCAAUAUUCAACUAACCUACAUAAAAGCCAACAAGAAACUGCUAAAACAUCAUCAUCAACAACAACAUCUUCGUAUUUCAAUACAUAUCAUCAAACGAAAAAAAAUUGCAAUGGUUCAUCAAUUCGUUCUCGUCACGAAUCCUCAAGACAAUCAUUUCCACCAUUUCGAAUUAUACUAGAAGAUCCAAACAAAUAUCCUACAACAGAAUUAAUAGUGAUUAAAGAGAUAAAUAAAUAUUGUAAACUGAACUUAACCUAUGGUCGAUAUGCAAAAACAGCGAACAAUCAAAUGUGCUAUUUACUUUAUACAAGCACAACAGCACAAUUUGAAUAUCUUAUGUGUCAAUCCAACUGGCCUAAUAAGAUUUGCAACAGUGAUUAUAAAUUAGAUUUACCAAGUAAAAUACCAUCAUCUUAUUCAAUUGUUGUUCAAAAUGUGCCCUCGCAAUGGAGUGCUGAAGCAUUUGGUAUCGAAUUAAAGCAGUAUUAUCCAUCAAUUGUACGUGCAGUACGCCUAUUUAUAAAAGGCGGACGUCCUUUAUCCAAAGUCCGAAUUGAUUUUUCAUCGUACAAGGAAUUAUCAUCGAUACUAAAAUCAAAACGUAUUCUAUUAGAUGAUGAAAACACUGCAUAUACAGUUGAACCAUAUUUACCACCAACACGAGUAUUACGUUGUUAUAUUUGUCAAGCAUAUGAUGAUCAUAUCGCUGCUCAUUGUCCAAAUAAAAAUGAUCCUAUUUGCUUUAGAUGUGCACAACACCAUCCUUAUAAUCCUAAUUGUGAAAAUAGUAUCCAAUGUGUCCAUUGUGCAGGUGAUCAUAUGGCAGGAAACCCCAGCUGUCCGGUCAAAUCAGUUAAACGACAAGAAAAGAAUCAGCGUAUGAAGUUGUCCAAUGAUGCAACGACUUCCUUAAAUCAACAUCCUAGGCAAGCUUGGUCUACCAACACGAAAGAACAUCUCUUUUGCAACAAAACACCAACAACCACCAAUGCAUCAGCAACAUAUUUGAACAACGACUACAGCAACAACAACAAUCAAAUAGACAUGAACAAUAUACUUAAUAAAAUUCAUGACACGAUGUUACAUAUCAAGCAACAACAAGACGAACUGAAUGGAAGGUUUAAUACAUUCGAUAUGAAACUCAAUCAUUACAACAACGAAAUUAGUAACAUUAAAUGUUGCAUAAAUGAAAUUUUAUGCCCACUUCUCAAGGAAAUCUCUAGUCAAAUUUAUUUAAAAGCAAAAGGAUCAAAUAAACAAACUAUAUCACCUUUGUAUAAUAAAUUAACAGAUUUUAUUUUAAAAAAUAGCUCACCUACUAAUGUGGAAAAUGUAUCUGGUGAAGAAAAAAAGUCUCACGAACGUUCAAUAGCCAAUAGUGAUCCUAAUCAAACAAUGUAUGAAUCCUAA